UCGGAGCUAGUUUUCGAAAGUCGGGACUCACGCUGGUUGCGUCUAUCUUCGCCCUGUGGAGUUUGAAAACCGUCGACACAGGUGUGUGCGUCUAUUUCGUGCGUCUAUUUCGUGCGUCUUGUUCUUGUCGUCGAACGUACAACUCCGAGGUGUGGGCAGCGAGCGAGCUGCCUGUACCGAGUUUCGUUUGUGCGACAUUUCGUAUUUCCGCCGCGGUGCGCCCAUUUUUCUAGCGUGCGUAAGGGGUUCCGUGCCCCGGUUCGGUCCGGCCCGUGUGUGUGUUGUGUGUGUGUUCGGAGCGUGCUUUCGGAGCGUGUUUUCGGAAAAUCUUCUUCGUUGCGACCCGCCGCCGGGGAAGAGGGGUUGGUUUUGUGCGCUGCUGCUGCUGCUGCUGCUGCUGCUGCUGCUGCGGACCUCAUCGUCGUAUGUAGGAUGCGGUACUUCCGAAAGUGGAACCCUCAGCCGGUCCCGUCGUGGGAAGACACCCCGACGUCGUCCAAGAGCCCGGGUCUGUCAACUCCAGCGGCGGCGAUGUCGGAGGCCGAUUCCGCCGCGAUCGCAAAGGGAAUGCUGGACUCGUCUUCGGCAAUGGACGAGAAGCCCGUGGACGAUGGCAGCGGCAAGCUGGAGGUGUGGAGGGUGGAGGACUUCAAGCUGGCGCCUUGGCCCAAGGAGAAGUACGGGCAGUUCUACGGAGGCGACUGCUACGUGAUGCUCUACACGUACCUCGUGGGGGGCAAGGAAAGCUACCUCAUCUACUUCUGGCAGGGCCGGGAGUCUACCCAGGACGAGAUCGGCGCGAGCGCUCUCCUCGCAAAGGAGAUGGACGACAAGCUUAACGACGCCGCUGUCCAGGUCCGGGUCGUGAUGGGCAAGGAACCCAAGCACAUGCGGAACCUGUUUAAGGGGCACCUCGUCAUCCACUCGGGCGGGAAGGCGUCGGGGUUCAAGAACAAGAGCGCGGAAGACUCGUACGACGAGGACGGCGUCUGUUUGUUCCACGUCAAGGGCACGCAGCCGGGUAACACCUACGGUGUACAGGUGCCCGAGACAGCGAGCAGCCUUAACUCCGGGGACAGCUUCGUCCUCCUCACGCCCACGGACGUGUACCUUUGGGUGGGCAACGGGUGCUCCGCCGAGGAAUCACACGCCGCGGAAGAAAUCUCGAAGAUGGUGCUCGACCACGGGGGUGUCUCUGGCCGGACGGUGUCUACCGUGGAAGAAGGAUCGGAGCCCGAAGCGUUCUGGGACGCCCUUGGAGGCAUGGGCGAGUACCCUAAGUUGUCAGAGGCGGAGGAAGUCUCGCAGGAACCCCGUCUGUUCCAGGUCUCGAACGCCACCGGCAAGCUGGCGGUAACGCCCGUGUGCAACUUCGACCAGAGCGACCUGUGCGCCGAUGAUGUCAUGCUCCUCGACACUGUGUCCUCCGUCUUCGUGUGGGUCGGCCCACAGGCCAACGAGACAGAGCGAUCAGAGGUGUGUACAUCAACACGGCCGCAGCCCGGACACACNCCGUAUUCGGCCGAGCAGUCCAUGAACGUAGCCCAGCAGUACAUCAACACCGCAUCGGACGGCCGUAGCCCCGACACGCCCGUGCUCCAGGUGGCGGCAGGCAACGAGCCCCCCCUCUUCACGCAGCACUUCCGCGGGUGGGACCCGCUGCUCACGGAUAAGAACACCUUCGUGGACCCUUACCAGGCCAAGCUGGCGGCCGCCAAGGAAGAGGAGGCGAAGAUGGAGGCCAAGUAUGCCGAGGCUCCCGGCACGAUUACCCUGGACGACCUGCCCGCACCACCCGCGAACGGGGCGGCGGCAAGUGGCGGCGGCGGCGGCAGCACCGCAUCCCGGGAUAUCACCCCGCCCUCCGCGGGAAUGACCGUCCCCUACGCUGAACUCAAGGGGUAUGGCACGGAGGUGGACGGGGUGGACCCGUCCUGUAGAGAGCAGUACCUCGACGACAAGGAAUUCGUGGAGGUAUUCGGCAUGUCCAAGGCUGAUUUCGCGAAGCAGCCCAAGUGGAAGCAGGUGUCGGCGAAGAAGGCCAAGGAGCUAUUCUAAGGAAAUUCUCUGGUCCGAACCAAAGGUUCUCUGACGGUUG